GGAAAAUGCUUCCCCUGUUCUUCAUUUCCUUUUCCUUCUCUUUUUCCUGGACUACAGGUGGUAGCUGGUUUUUAUGAAAUAUCAGUUACCCUUUCAUUUGGCCUUAUUCUUGGCCACCUCAUGCAAAUUUCAGUGCUCACAUAAAUUAGCAAUUUCUACAUGUUAUGGUUUAAAUUUUCACAGAAAUCCUGUGUCGGAAUUGGAUUCCAUUAUAAAAGAAAACAGAAGACAAAUAUUCAACAAAAAUAUCCAUUUUAGUUUGUUGUUGGGCUAUUUAAUAUAUAUUGCUGCUUCAUAUUUCCAGUCGGCUGAGGUGGACAAAAUUGAAAGCUGACUAGCUGAGACGAUGCCCCAAACGCCUGACGUGAGACAUGGACUUGGACUGGCGCCUGGUCAAAGAGCUAGCCUUGCUGCGCUUUCAGGAAGGAGUCUUGUAAGAGUUGAGUUUCGGGAGGCCGAGGCCGAGGCUCUCAGCAACUUCGUUAGGCGGAUGUGGCAGGGCGGUGAUUUUGAUAACUGCAAAUAGUACGCCAUAACUUGCAACAAGUUGGGACAUGCCAAUCGGUUAAGGCAGCCAGAUUACUAUGUACUCAUGGGCGUAAGCCAGCUUACCAAAUUAAAGUUUUCUUCGUUUCCCAGCCUCAUUCAUCUCACACUGCCGGUGUUGGACUCCAUGGUAGCAUCCCAGACGAGAUAGGUACUCUUUCUAACCUCACCUUUCUUGAUCUUUCUAGGAAUAGCCUCACUGUGCCAUCCCUUCAUCAUUAGGCCAUCUUACCAAUUUAACUUCACUCAACCUUGCUUCCAACCAACUCAAUGGAUCCAUCCCUCGAGAAAUCGGAAGUAUUAAGAAUCUUGUCUUUUUGGACCUCCAUACUAACUGAAUCAUUGGACAGAUGCCUUCCUAGCUUAAGAAUUUGAAGAGAUUAAAUUACUUCUCUCUCUGAUAAUAGACCAUCAGGCACCUUCCCCUCCUUUCUCACCCACAAUUGCAAGCGGGCAGCAGCAAUUAUUUUAUCCCACAAUGAUCAUUUGGAGAGUUAUACACCUUCCCCGUGCAAUGGAGGAGACACAAUCGCACUCCCCAUUAUCAUCUCUUUGCCCCUCACCUUGUUUUCUGUAACCUUGAUACUGGGGUUUGCUUUCCUUUGGUGGAACAAAAGACAAGUUCAAACAAUCAUCUUGGCAACUGAGGAUUUUGAUAUCAGAUAUUGCAUAGGUGUUGCCUGCCUAUGGCAGUGUUUAUAGAGCAUAAUUGCCCAGUGGAAAAGUGGUUGCUGUGAAGAAACUUCAUCAAUAAAAAACAGAGGAGCUGGCAUACUUGAGAAGUUUUAAGAAUGAGGUAUGGAUGGUAGAAGAAAUACGAACAUUGUGAAAUUAUCGUCUGCAUAAUAGAUGCAUGUUUCUCAUUUAUUUGUACGUCGAAAGGGGAAGCUUGUAUUGUAUGCUGAGCAAUGAGGUUGAGGCCGUGGAAUUGGAUUGGACUAAGAGGGUGAAUAUUGUUAAAAAAAAUUGCCCAUGCCUUAUCCUACAUGCAUCAUGAUUGUAUCCCACCAAUCUAACUCUCCUUAAUAUAUGAUUCCACUGUAUAUACCAAAAGUUAAAAAGCAUAGCAUUCUUGAACAUAAGUUAAAUAAUAGAUAAACUAUAUGCUGGACAUUCCAAGACACAAUAAAGAUUCAACAUGUGUUGAUGAUAUGCUCCACUAGCCUCCAAUUCCCUAUUAAAACAUGGAAGGGGCGACACUUUGCCACUUAAUCUCAUCCUAGAACUAGGGUACAAUUUGCCUACUAUUGCCUUUUGAACUGAUUGUUUCUUUGUUCUUAUGGUUGGGACAAUUUUGUUCUACCUUUUGUGGUUUUGGGUUGUAAGCAUAAUUCUAGAUGGAGACCAUAAUACGGAUUAGUUAGAGAUGUUUAGUCGAGAUUUUGCUUCAAUUCUAUGAUAUGAUGGUUGUUUUCAACGGUUUGCAUUGUUUUUCUCUAUCAUGGAAAAUGCUUCCUUCAAACCUCGUUUUUCCUUCUCUUUUUCUUGGACCAUAAGUAGUUGAAAUCUCAAUCACCCUUUUAUUUGGCCUUAUUCUUAGUCAUUUGAUGAAAAUUUCAGUGCUCAAACCUACCUUCAAUUUUUUCAGAACUAUUCUUGUGCAGGUGAAAACCUCAAAAAAAGAAGGCUUGGCCAUUUCCUUGAUCUACUUGAAAAAUAAAAAAAAAAUUCUCAAAACAUGUACAAUUCUAAAACUUUUCUCAAGUGUUUUAAAAUAUAAAUAUAUAUAUAUUUUCAAAUUUUCACCCUCCUUGUGAAAUUCAAGUUAUUGAAAGGAUCGAGAGUUCUUGUAUUUAUUUAUUUUUAUUUUUUAUUUAUUCUUAAGAGGAAAAUAUCAAAAAGGUAAAAAAAAAAAGAAAAAAAGAAGAAAGAAAAAGGAAAAGCAAACCUAAAAUUCAUAAUAUCUAACUGACCUAAUCAAAAGCUUGACUUGCUAUGCUUCCGGGAAGAGUCUUGGACUGAUCACUAGAGAAUUCUGAGUGUAAAACGGUUUAGAAAUUAAAGAUAGGGGAAACUUCCAGACAAUCGAGGAGAGACAUAACUCAAAUCCUUGGCUAGGUCAACAGUCCAAGGAGGCUGAAUGCCUGAAAAAGAGUUGAAUGACUUGCAGUGCUUGGGAGAAGACUCUUCCGCACCGAUGUUAUAGUAUAAAAGUACUGGGAGCUAUGAACUGAAACAUUAAUCAAAUGAAAAAAAUGGAGAGUUCGAUAUCUAGGGUGGUGGUGGGAGCAGUAGUAGCAUGGGUGGUGAUCGUUUGCAUGGGCUCUUCACAUGCUGCACCAAUUUAUUCUUCUCCUCAGUCGCAGGCUGAGGCUGAGGCUCUCCGCAGCUCCGGUUGCUGGUCCUGGGAGAGCAAUAUUUCUAAUCAUUGCCACUGGUCUGGCGUAACUUGCAAUGAGGCAGGGCAUGUCAUUAAGAUAAUGAACUUGAUGUCGUGCCACACUGCAGUGCCGAGUGGCUUCAGCAAAUGGAAGUUUUCUUCAUUUCCUAGCCUCAUUCAUCUCGACCUUAGCAUUUGUGGUCUCACUGGUAGCAUCCCUGAUCAAAUAGGUAAUCUUGCUAACCUCAUCUACCUUGAUCUCUCUUAUAAUCAACUCCACGGCAAUAUCCCGUACCAAUUAGGCGCUCUUACAAAACUUACCUAUCUUGAUCUCUCUUAUAAUGCACUCUCUGGUGUCAUUCCCUCAUCUUUGGGCUAUCUCAUUAAAUUGACUUCUCUCAACCUUGUUCGGAAUCAAAUCAAUGGUUUCAUCCCUCCAGAAAUUGGAAACCUCAAGGACCUGGUCGAGUUGAGCCUGGGUUAUAACUUACUUAGGGGAAAGAUACCUCACCAGCUCCAAAAUUUGAAGAAGUUAGAAACUUUGGAUCUCUCUUAUAAUAGAUUAUCAGGCUCCAUUCCUUCCUUUCUAGGCCAUGGCCACAAGUGGAAAUCAAUUGAUUUGUCACACAAUGGUUUGAAGGGUCAUACACCUUUGGAAUCGCAAGACCAGUCCCACCACAAGAUAGGACGAAAAAUCACAAUUGUCACCUUUGGCAUCUCUUUCUUCAUCACCUUGUUUCUUGUAGCCUUAAUCCUUGGGUUUCUUUCCCUUUGGAGGAAGAAAAGAAGAUUUCAUCCCUCAAUUCUUUUCCUUGGUCUGAAGAAAAGAAAAAUUCAAUCAGAGGCAGCAACAACUACAAAAAAUGGUGAUUUGUUCUCAAUAUGGGGCUAUGAUGGUAGGAUUGCUUAUGAAGACAUCAUUGAAGCAACAGAAGAUUUUGAUAUCAAAUAUUGCAUAGGUACUGGAGGCCAUGGCAGUGUAUACAAGGUACAGUUGCCUAGUGGAAAAGUAGUUGCCGUGAAGAAACUUCACCGGGUGGAAAGUGAGGAGCCAGCAUGCAUGAAAAACUUUCAAAAUGAGGUACAUAUGUUGACAAAAUUAAGGCAUAAGAACAUUGUGAAACUUCAUGGUUAUUGCCUACACCAGAGCUGCAUGUUUUUAAUUUGCAAUUAUUUGGAAAGAGGAAGCUUGUAUUGUAUGUUAAGUGUUGAGUUGAAUUGAUUUUUUUCCUUUGUAAUAUGUUGAAGCUAUCCUUGUAAAACAUGGGCUAAGGCUAAAUGGGCCGAGUCUUAUUGUUUUAAAUGGGUUUUAGGGUUAGGGUUUGUAAACUCUAUAAAUAGGUGGCUUGGGAAAACAUAUGUAAGUAAGAAGGUGCAUGAGCCGUCUUUCAAUAGUGAAAUAGAAUUGCUCGCUCUCUGCCCGUGGACGUAGAUCACUUUGAUCGAACCACGUAAAUCUUGUGUUUGUUCUUGUGUGAUUGUUUUCUUCCAUUAUUCCGCGAUUCUAUUGUUUGCUUGCUUAACAAGUGGUAUC